AUGGAAAAGGAUAUUGAGGCCAGGGGUGAGAGCCCCAGUACUCAAUCCGACCGGGCACAAGGAAAAAUCGAGUUCCCUCGAGCGCCUACUGCUUUCGGCCGCUUCGUUGACAGCUUCAAACGAAAUCCAAACGCCCGGGUGACAACACAAGCCGUCGACGCAGAUGGCAAGCCUCUCGCCGAUCAACCUCCCGCCGAGCCGGCUUUGGCGAUGAAGUUGAAAGAGCGACAUCUUCAAAUGAUCGCGAUUGGAGGUUCUAUUGGAACUGGACUAUUUGUCGGCUCUGGUUCAGCUCUGGCCAAUGGAGGCCCAGCAUCGUUAAUCAUCGCAUAUGGCCUCAUUGGAAUUAUGUUGUAUUGCACCGUACAUGCUCUAGGCGAGUUGGCAGUCGCUUUCCCAGUGGCUGGCGCCUUUUCCGUCUAUGCCAGCCGAUUUUUGGACUCCGCAUGGGGAUUUGCCAUGGGCUGGAACUACGCUCUUCAGUGGCUAGUGACGCUUCCUCUCGAAAUCGUCGCGGCGUCUCUCACGCUCGAAUUCUGGUCUGGGAGUCGAGACGUCAACAGUGCUGCCUGGGUCACCAUCUUCCUUUUCGUCAUCAUCCUGAUCAACUUCUUCGGCGUCCGAGGUUACGGUGAAGCUGAGUUUAUAUUCUCCAUCAUCAAAGUUUUGGCUGUCAUUGGCUUCAUUAUUCUUGGUAUCAUUAUUGACACGGGUGGUGUGCCUGGAGAUGAUCGAGGUUACAUUGGAACACACUACUGGUACGACCCAGGGGCGUUUAACCACGGAUUCAAAGGGUUAUGCUCCGUCUUUGUCACAGCAGCCUUCUCUUUCUCUGGGACUGAAUUGGUGGGUCUGGCGGCCGCGGAAACCGAAAACCCCCGAAUGGCAUUGCCCACCGCUGUGAAGCAGGUCUUCUGGCGAAUUACUCUGUUCUACAUGGUUUCGCUCACCAUUGUUGGAGUCCUUGUCCCAUACAACGACCCAGAUCUUCUCAAUGGCAGCAGCUCAUCCGACGCCAAUGCUUCACCCUUCGUCAUCGCCGUUCGCAAUGCCGGUAUCAGUGCUGUUCCUUCCAUUAUGAAUGUUGUCAUUCUCAUUGCCGUUCUGUCGGUGGGAAAUUCUUCGAUCUAUGGCUCUAGCCGCACACUUGCCGCUCUCGCGGACUUGGGUCAGGCUCCCAAGAUCCUAGGCUACAUCGACCGCUCCGGACGACCCUUGGUCGCUAUUGUGGUCUCUUCGACCGUCGGAUUCCUCUGCUACAUCGUCGCCGCGGGACCGGAUACGACGACCGAAGCAUUCAACUGGAUGAUCGCCAUCAGCGGUCUUGCUUCGAUUUUUACUUGGGGCUCUAUCUGCUUAUGCCACAUCCGUUUCCGCAAGGCCUGGCACCUUGCUGGCAAUACGCUGGACGAUUUGGCCUUCAAAUCACAAGCCACAAUCUACGGUUCUUGGCUCGGUUUAAUCAUGAACAUUCUGAUUCUCGUCGCUCAAUUCUGGACGGGCUUUGCUCCCGUUGGAUAUGCCGAAAUGACGGCCUCCGAGCUGGUCAAGGGCUUCUUUGAGGUUUAUCUCGCAGCCCCCAUUGUCAUUGUCAUGUAUGUCGGGUACAAACUGGUGAAGAAGACGAAGAUUAGGAGGGCGAGGGAGAUUGAUAUCACUAGCGGAAGGAGGGAGCAUAAUCUCAGGGAGAUUCUGGAGGAAGAGCGCAGAAUCCAAGCCACAUGGCCAUGGUGGAAGAAGGUUUGGAAGACCGUGUGCUAA